AUGGAUUUAGAGCGUUAUUGGGUUAUAGAAGAAAAGCCUCCACCAUGUCCGUACGAAAUAAUGUCUAUGGUCAAUGAUAAUCAAAUUUGCACAGCGCACUAUACUCAGUACAACAAUUUAUCAGAUUUAUGUCCUACUUUGAUGAAUCUUAAUGAUUUAUUAGCAACUUGCCAUAAUCCUAUAGAAACGGAAUGGAAAAUUACUCGAAAAUAUAAUGACCAUGAUGCCGAAAAAACGUUAGCAGUCAUCUGUGGUGGGCGGGACAGUUGUCGCAUUUUCACAUCAUAUACGGUGUUACCAGAUUCCAUAUUAUUUAGGAUAAUUAAUGAAACAAAUCAUGUAAUUUACUCAAGAGUCAUGAAAAACGGUCAGAGAAACUACGUCUGUGUAGAAGAUUGUGGAGUCCUAGAUAACGCAACUAAAUCAGUAAUCAAAUUAGAAAAACCUUUUAUUCUAAACCUUUUGGAUUACGCCUCGCAUAAAAGCAAAAGGGAAGACAAUACUGUCACUACUAAAACUGUUACAACCACCGAGAAAAAACCUAAAGCAGAGAAUGAAAGGAAAUUAUUAUUUCUAUCAAAAAACAUGCUGUAUAACAAAUAUUUACAUAAAACGGUGGCAAGAAAUAAAAAGACCAUCGUUAAAUUCAUAACUUCUAAUUCUACAGUCAACAAAGUAGAGUCAAUCACGAAGACAUUGUGUAAAAAGUUAGAGGACUCAUUUAGGAAGGAUGAGGAUAGCGAUACCAAAGAGGACAACUAA